UCAGCCACACUUCAGUUACCAUGCAGGAGAAAAAUUGUCCUAACAAACAAGAACCAGGUGGAAGUUGUCUACAGAUGCUGCGUGGUUGGCCCAGAUCGGGCGGAUUACAUGUGCUACUCCAGCGAAAUCGAAGUGUGGUCGAGCUCAAAGAGACAUGAUGUCUUGCCAGUAGCUACUUGUAACCAGAGGGGAUUUGACGAACUGCGUAUAACUGUACCCGCCAAAUCUAGCGCCAAGCUCCAUGUGGAAUAUAAGCCACGGUUUCUGCGACCCACAGAAGCAACUUUGUAUGCAGUGGAACUGCGCUCUGGUACAGGACAAGGAAAGACGUUGGCCUUUGCUCUCAGCGGAAUGGUCAACAGUGUCGGAAAUGAGCCGGCAACAGUCGUGCACGCUGCUUGCUACGAAACGAAGAAGUUGGAAUUAAACGUUGAAAAUCCAUAUGCACAAUCAGGGAACUUCAAGGUGACAAUCGUUGAAUCACGGCAGGACGUGUUCUCGGCGUUGUGCUUCCUGAGGGGUGUUGAGUACCAACAGUCACCACCACAAACGGGGAACCAGAUGGAUAAACGAUCUACCUCCUCUUUGGGUUACGAAACCGGAAGCGACACAGACAGAAGUCAUCCACAAGAGGACGAUUUUCCUGGUUCUGCGGAAGCCGAUGGUGCAAUGCAGUCAUUCUUUUGCAAAGAACAAGUGAUACACUUAGUCGGUGCCAAUAGUUGUGGUUAUGACCCUUCGAAACGCCACCAAGAAGGACAAACACUGGUCGACGUGAACAGCGAUGAGGUACAGUCGGUCAACGUAACAUUUAUCCCUCUACAUUUGGGCACCCGCAACUGUUGUCUUCUGUUCAGCAAUGAUGAGAUCGGGGAAUUCGUUAUCAUUGUUCGGGGGAUCACAGGACUUCCGAACCCAAGCUCAAUUCCGAUUACUUACGAUUUGAAGACAGCUCCUUUCGUCAGCCACAGGUUGAACUCCGGAGUUGCUGCAGCGUUGUUCGGCCAACCGGAUGAUAAUGUUAUGUACCUUCGCAUUCCGGUUGGACGUUCGGUACGGGAAACUUUGAUGAUCCCGAUGGAAAACGAAGCCCGGAAGGAAGCAACUCUGUCAGCUAUACGACUUCGACUCACAGCUGCUGAGCUCCAUCGUCGUGAGGUGUCCAGCACGCUCAACUCAGAAGACUUACUCGACCUCGCCAAUCAGCUACUGCUACUUCCAAGGACGCGAUUAGAGCGAUUGAAUAAGGAUAAGAAAAAGCAAUCAAGCCGAAUGACGAAAAAGGAAGUGUAUCGAACAACUACGGAUGCGCCGUUCGUAACGUGCCCGCAGGCUGUGGAAACGAAAUCCAACAUAAUUCUAGCAGCAGGAAAAUCGUACUUUCCCUUGGAUGUAGACAUUUUAAUUCGCCAAACAGGACUGUUCUCCGCGCGAAUAAUUGUCAGACGACUGGAUGACAUUCGUGUUUAUCACUUGAAAUGUGUCGCCGUGCCUGACAACCAGCAAUUCAGGUUGAACUUCUCAGCCCCUCUCGCACAAACCAUUACCCAACCGAUACCUAUUGUCAAUAAGUCCACAUACGAUUGGGAGCUACACGCUAAAUUCACCGGUGCCGCAGCAUGGUUUUCGGGUCCAGCUCAAUUCAGUGUUCCAGCAGAGAACACGGUCAAUUAUCCUGUCAAUUUCGUGGCCCGUCGUGAAACGGAAGUUGAGGCUGGAUUGGAACUACUCAAUGUAACGGACGGGAGUAGUCAUAAAUAUAUCCUGAACGGUGUCGGGCUCAAGCCGUUCUCCUCUGGGCUCAUUCGCUUGAAUUGUGCGGUAGGUGGAUGCGGAAUCGGAGAGGAAGAGGAUCCGAUGAGUAUGAAAAUUGCUGGCGCUAAAUUCCACCCUUUCACCGUUAGGGUACCAAACCCAACGUCAAAAAAGCAAUCGUAUCGUCUGGGAACGGAUCUGCCUAUGGGAACUAUUUAUUGGCUGAAAUCGCCGCCAACUAAACGCUUGGAUGUAUAUCCAGGAAGCGUGGAGGAGUGCGUACUCUACUUUCGCGUGACUCGACGGGGAGAGUUUUCCGGUGUCAUCGCGUUUGUGGCUGAAGAUGAGGACGAUGUGCUGAGCGAUGAAAUUAUAGCGACGGCUGCUCACCGAAAACAAGGGACGAGAGGAGCGGAAAAUCAGCUGUUCCAAUUCGACACGAGCGCUGGUACACUUGCGGCUCAGCAAAUAAACCGGCUCGGUGCGGCGUUCCGUGUCUGGUACGAAGUUCAGAUGAUAGUUGAGCCAGGACCACCUAUGCGAACACUUGAAAUAACUUGCCCAUGCAUGGACAGUCAAGUAAUUGAAAUACCAUUCAGCUGGCCUCAUGGGUUACCGGAAACCGUGAACAAACUGGAGUUAGACGUUACGCUGCGAGGAAAGGGCAUUGUUGGACUGCCGACUCAUCUAGUGACAAAAAGCGCUGAUCCGGAGUGCCCAGUGUAUCGCUUAGAAUACUGGCCGUCUUCAGUUGAAUCCAGUGAAGGAAGUAUUGCCUUUUAUCACCAAGAUUGUGGGGAAUUUUGGAUCGCGCUGAAAUUGGCUGGAACAAGACCAAGAACCGUUUGGGUCCCACCCAUAGAAUGCGAGCUUGGCAAGUCAAAGGUUACCAGUCUCGUGCUGUCCAAUCCAACCGGUGAAUCAUAUAUACUGCAACCGCAGCUGACAAACUGUGAAGUAUUCAUGUUGCAUAUGGGUGUAACAACAAAGCAAUUGGCACGCAUUUCGUCCAGACACUCGAGUAGGAUUGGCAAACAAAGCGUAUUGGACUCAGCGCGCUCGCAACACAGCCCCACCUGUAAGGAGGAUGAUUUCGAGACGUCGCCAAUGAACUACGAUGAGCAGACCGCGGGAUACAACACAUCAAGAGAUACCACGUGUAUGAAUGUAUUUCUGGAGGCAGAAUCUACUCUGAGGCUUGGUGUCAAAUUUACACCAUGCGAUAUUGGUGAACAAGCGCACGAAGGGGAAAUCACGUUUUACUCGAACAAGCUCCAAAAAUGGACAUUUCUCCUACGUGGCAUCGGUCUACCUCCUCAACCGCGUGAUCCUCUCUGCAUCCACGCAGCUUUGGGAGCAGCUACGACGACGAUGUUGGCCGUGCCGAACCCUUUCAAAAGUCCAGUGACCGUUGACAUCUACUUCAAAGAGCAGGCGGUGAUAAAAUUUGAAGAAUCUGAAAGAGGGUUCCUGGAGGGAGAACGGAUGAGGACUCAAAAUGUACACUUAACGGAAGGAAGUGUACAGAGUUCGGAUAACACGAGAAACGAGGCAACAACAUCAGACUCAUUUAAGCUGCUAUUGGAAAGCGACAGAGAACUAUCACUCAAAAGCAAGGCAGUCCUGCAAGUACCCGUCUUGUUUGCACCGACGGAAAUGCGGGAAUACCGUAGUGUAUGCACCGUGGUUAUGAGAACCCUUCGUAGCCCCAAGAUGGAAGAGGAUUCUGUUGGAAUAACUUGGUUGCUGCCGAUCAAAGGAGUUCCAGAGGCAAGUUCGUCGUCUCGAUUAUCAAACAGGCCGCAUCUAGUUCAAAAGUAUACCAGAGGCAAGCUUUCUGAAGCCCAGUUUGUUCCGACAAUAACUGGAGUUGCACGUUCAGUCAGCAGAUAUCAUAUACACGUCACUCUGUCGCCAUUGAGUUUGACAUCGAAGACACUCGGUCCAAUUAACAAUGCAAUACCGUCAAAGGAUAGCGUCUCACCGAUUCGAAUCCGAUCAGUGAAUUCGAUCGGCAACCGUGCAUCAAGUCCAGAUCAGCCUCUGGGGGAAGAUAGCUGCACGGAGAUUGGCGCGAAUAGUGAAUUGGGUUGCCGAAAGAAAUCGGACAACUACAGCUGGAGUCUACGUAUAAUUAGCCUGAAGAAAAGUCGAAAGAUAGAUGAGCCAUACAAUGGAGACCGAUUACUCGCCAAGUCGAUAGACAUUAGGCUCAAAAAGACCAAAGUGAAAGCAGAUUUAGGAAUCAACGAAUUGUUGUUUAUGGCAAAAUUUAAACCACCUCACCCGUUCAAAUGCAACGCAGAACUUGCAAUAAAAUCUAAAAGUGGAGCGGUGUGGAGCUUCGACAUCAGCGUGGAAGCAAGGAGGCCACAGACGGACGACGUGAUUUUCAUGCCGAUAAAUUGUCUUUGGCGAACGGUCAAAGCAAAACUAAUUCUUACCAGCCAGGACAGGGAGCCAAAACCGUUCAGAGCGUGGAUAUAUCCGGUCAAUCACAAGGAAUUCAAGGUGGAACCCGAGAUGGGUGUACUUCCUGCGGCACCAGACAAAAUCCCCGCUGGGCAUGACGACAAGGACAGCUUGUAUCGAGUUCCAGCGUGUGUCACGCUGUCAUUCACACCAUCGCAAUACGAAAAACCAAGAGUGGCCAGGCUGGUUGUCCAGACGUCUGAAAUGGAGUGGAACUACAAAAUUAUCGGUGGUAUUCCUGCCUAUUCAGUACCCGAUAAACCAUCUCACCCCACAACCACAACGGUGAGCCAAGCUGUCUCUAAGGCUGCUCUGAACAUACGAACAAAAUGCAACUACAUAUUACACAACCGAAAUACUGCGUGGCAGAAGCCCAUCUUGAGAUGCGCAGUAAGAGAAAACAAGAGUACAUGAAAAAAUAAAACAAUCGGAAAUACAUCUAUCUUCUACACAUC